CGUGAACAGGUGUUUUCUUUCUUUUUUUGACAGACCAUGGACGAGGUGAUAGGCUAAGACGAUGGCUGCAUAGUUUUUGUACUACGAAGCUUCUUUCGAGGCACCAUUCUACAAAGCUACGGUAAUAGUGUCCUAGUUUCGUAUGUUCCCCUCCAUACACCUCAGGUUUGUCCCAACGGCUUUGUUUGGCAUGUAUCACCGGCUUCGGGGUUGUCGGCACGGCUAAGUGGAUUGACACAGCCCCAUCGAUGUCAUCGUUCAGGCUGUCCCAAACAUCCAACUCUGCCCGGAAGCCUCGAGGCCCGCAGUAAACACCCGUUCUCCAGACGUACAUCCAAGACCCCCUUCCAAACAGCGCCCUUGGCAAGUCCCGGGUGAUCCCUGUUGGUCCCUGAUAGUCCCAAGAUAGUCCCCAGUACUUCCCCCCGACAUUCCGGUCGGCCCAUUGUGGGAAUAUUGGGUCUGUCAUGCUGUGUAUUGUCUUCGGGAAAACAUGGCAUGCUCGGUGAAGCACCGGCGUGGAAACAGACACAAAUGAGCCCCGCAUUCCCGGAGCGUCAUGCCUCAAUAGUCUUACUCCAUUGAAAAGAGUACGGAGGGGUGAGCAGAUGGCUUUGCUCGGGCCUGAUAUAAUGACCCUUGUCGUCGAAUGUUGAUGUCAAAACCCUGGCACAACGAGCGAUGGAAUUGUCCAUGCAAGGGGAACACCUCUGUCAUGGUUCUGGAGCCGCGCGCUCAAGAACUGUUGAGUGGAUGCGAGCAAGGGAUGGGUCAGGUACGUGUCCUUAUCCUUGAUCUGGGAAUUAGUUUGGUCGACCGAAGUCAACAAAGACGCAGUACUGUAGUCAUUGUUCUUGCAAUCAACAGGCCGAAUCACUGCCGUAAAUCAGCAUCGGUAGCGCAGCAGCAGUAUCAUCGCCGCCAAAGAUUACAUUAUGCUUCGGGGAGAACGGCAUGGUGGGUACGGAACGCUCCGGCAGGGCGAAUUGUGUCAACUGCAAGAUCCGAUCCUCCGUGUCUGUAGUAAAAGAAUCAGUAGUAGGAUGGAGUGCCUGAUUCCCAAUAGCAAGUUUCAGGCUCUGUGUUUUGACAGGCAAAGAGGCAUAGUUAAUGAGCGUCGAUCCGUCAACGAGUAGUUCAACUGGAGGCACAUGAUCAAUCAGGUGUUGCGGUCAUCGGCCUGAGGCAUCACAGACGCCACGCAGAAGUGGCAGCCACACUGCGAUCUUCACUUAGCGUGAUUUCUUGGUCAUUCAAUGCUCAACUGCGAAAGAGCGUCGCUCUUAUCCGAUGUCGCGUGCUCUUCAUUCAGCCAACUAUCGCCAAUAACUACAUCCUGCUAUUUGACAACAGUUCUUUCCCGACCACGAUUCGCCUCUCAUCAGGCUCGCGUCUGAUGCACGGCCGACCGUCCACAACGCGAUCGCUCGAUAGCCUUCCGCAAUAAACCAACCACCCCCAAGCCCUCUCAAUAUGGCCGACCUCCUAGAAGACGACCCCUCCUCGGGACUCCAGUCCUCGGAAGAGGAAGAAGAUGAAGAGAUGCAGGUAGAGUCUCUGGUCCAAGGUCGUGCGAAGCGAAGCACCGCCGGUCGAAACAUGUCCGCCCUGAUCGACGCGGCCGCAGAUGACGAUCUCACGCUGUUAUUCGAGGAGGUGGAAGAUGACAACGAGUUCGCUGUCGAUGUAGAAGCCGCCGAGGAGGAGGAUAUGGGACUUGAUUCUUCGGACGACGAUGACGACCAAGGCCCCAACACACAGAACGACUACGAGGGCGAGCAAGAACUGCAAAAGGAGGAGCGGAAAAAGCGACGAGCCCAGAAUGACCUUCGUUUCCAGACGCUCCGUAAACGAGUCAAAAUUGAUCCCACCGCCGUAUCAUCCGUACCUGCUCCGCCACCUCGUUUAAAGAAGAAGUCGGAGCGCAUCUCAUGGCUACCCACGGUGGAAGAUGGUCCGACUCGAUCAUCCUCGCGUCGGCAAACGAUGGUCAACAAGGAGCUUACGCAUGCACGGUUGAAGGACAGCCAGGAGAAGCGUAUCCGGAUCAUCGCUACGAUGAAGGAGGCCGAGAAGCGGAAAGCCCAUCUCAAGCCAAAGCAGAUGACUCAAGAAGAUCAUCUUGCAGAGGCUGCUAGAGUGGAGCGAACCAACAGCAAGAGUCUCAAUCGCUGGGAGCUGUCGGAAAAGAAAAAGGCAGAGGAACGCAAGGCAAAGAUUGAGGCAUUGCAGAAUCGCCGACUCGAGGGCCCGGUUCUUUCUUACUGGAGUGGAGUGGCUACGUGGGUGAAUGGACGGCUAACAAAGGUGGGCAAAGUCGAGAUCAAAGCGAAGCCCGAGAAAGAAGAACCUCGCAAGAAGAAAAAAGACAAGGAUGAGAAAACUGCCACGGAGUCUCAGGGUGCUCAGAGCGCUACGCCUGCUCCGGUGCCGCCGUCGAAUAUCACGGCUCCUUCUACAGAUGCCUCAAUUUCGGCUUCAGCUACAGCGCCCGGUGAGCCCGGAACUGUCACGCCGUCUGAAGGAAAGACAUUGCAAGAGACUCCCGUUCCGAGCACUUCAGCGCCUGGGAACGCUGUGGUCCCGAACUCCACACAAGAGCAGCCCAGCAUGCCCGACGAGAGCUCUUCUGAGCAACUUGCCACCGCCGAACCGCCUCUUGAAACAAACGAGAACAAUGAAACACCGCCGACCGCGGUGUCUAUAGACACAAAGAAAGAGGAGCCCAAGGUUGCAGAGCCAGCAUCCCAGGCCGAGCCCGUCAAGUCUUCUGAGAAACAACAACCAGAGCCGACUGAGAUUCUCACGGGUGGCUCCUCAUCUCCGUCCGCCGAGAAAAUCUCGAUAGACAAACCUGCAGAGGCAUCCUCAAUAGAAAAGCUGGAAGCGAAGUCCGAAGAUAAGCCUGAUGCGAUGGACAUUGAUAGUGGCUCGGGGGCCGAUCCCAUCAAGGUUGAAUCGCAACCAUCCAUCGAGCAAACACCUUCCGCAGCUGGCGCGCCCGCUGAAAGCAGCACCAGCACAGAUGCACAACCAACGUCUGGAGAAGUCCCUCAGACCACCUUGGCGACAAGCACCACCGCACCCGUGACCGAACACGUUUCACCUGUGGCCGCCGCACCCGCACCCACGCCUGCAGACCCUCAAGCCCCUCAAGCUCAAGCCCCUCCGUCGGAUGCAGCUCCCCUGCAAGCCACGCCACCCAAUAUACCCGGGGCCCUAAAUCAAGGCGUUGACCAACCUCCACAACAAGACGGAUCGCAGGGUGACCGACUUCUUCAGCAAUCAACCCAAUCACAAGAGUCGAUCCCAGCCGUGGCACAACCCGAGAUUCCGCCAGCCCCGCCGGUGAUCGAGUACACAGGGCGAAAUUUGACAAUCCUGGAGAAUUUCGACGAUCGGACCGCGCACAGCAAGAAGUUCAGCAUGUACUUUAAUGCAAAGAAGCCACCGCGGUUGACCAAAAUCUCCUCGUCGCUCUGCGUCAUCACAUCCCUGCCCUCCCGUUACCGUGAUCCAGAGACUUCCCUCCCAUAUGCAAACUCCUACGCCUACGGGCAGAUCCGCAAGAUGCUGUCGCAGGGAUACAUCUGGAGCUCGAUGCUGGGCUGUUUUGUCGGACCCGGCGGGACUGCAGCGCGCGGCGUGCCGGAUCGGUUUCUCGGCAUAGAAACGAAGGCAAGCGACGACGCCAAGAUAGAGAAGGAGAAGGAGAACAAGCCGGAAGGUGGAUCCGCUGGUGAUUCCAAGGCUGAUCCGAUGGAGGUUGAUGCGAAGUGAGCUGAGCCGUGUCUGGACGGCUCGUUGUUGAUCUAAAUCAUCCUUGAGGAUGUGAUGAGAUGGAUGAUGGAGAUGUUUGUGUGUACGAUAUAUGUCAUAACUAGCCCUUUCUUAGUCCGAGCCUUCAACUGUAUAGAUACCCAUUCGAACCUGGAAACAAACCAAGACUCAUAAGCCCUCAAUCCAAUCAAGUCCCUAGCUUCCAAGUGGAAGACCCC